CAUCCUUUUUGGAGCUUGAAAUGUGCUCCGCACACAGCAAAUGUGAAAGCCUCCUCAAACGUAUGAAGAUCGGUAGACCAGAACUAACCACGAAGGGCAAACCAAUUAAGUCAAAACGGAUUACGCACCCAGCACCCUGUUCACUCUGCGAUAUUUGAUUUCUUUCCUUCUUUUUUGUUGGCCGGAAAUCUUUCGCAUUUUGUGAUUCCGCAAAAGUCACAGCUUCCGAAAACUUAGUAGGCAUGGCCGAUUCAAGGGUGGAGACCAUAUCAAGACUAGCACAAUGGAAAAUUGACAACUUCGGACCUUGCUCCUACAAGAAAUCCGAUCCUUUCAAGGUCGGAAUCUGGAACUGGUAUUUAUCUAUAGAAAGGAAUAGGUACCUGUACAUACAUCUAUUUCCUGAGCCUUCCCGGGUCUCUAAGGAACACCCACCAAUUGCUCGAUUCAUUCUCCGAGUUUCUAACACUGGCGCUUCCCGCAGAUUCUACAUUUCUCCUGUUCAUGAACGACUGCUUAGAACAUGUGAUGACUUUGUCUGGCCUGUUGAUACCACAUUUGUUGGUCGUUUCAUUAUUGAUGUUGAAUUCCUUGACCUGAAGAUCUGUCCUCUGAAUGGCGGAGAAGCUAGUUCUAUUUGGCCGUCUGAUGGAAAAUUGCAAUCUGUUGCCGCGCAAAGUACCCUCCAAUGCCUCUCUCGCAUGCUUGAUGAGGGCAUACAUGCUGAUCUGACCAUUAAUACUGCAGAUGGUACAUUGAGAGCUCACAAGGCAGUUUUAUCUGCAAGUUCUCCUGUGUUUCAGAGCAUGUUUCAUCACAACCUGAAGGAAAAAGAAUCAUCUACGAUCCACAUCGAAGACAUGUCACUAGAAUCUUGCAUGGCUCUUCUAAGUUACUUAUAUGGCACAAUAAAGCAAGAAGAUUUCUGGAAGCACCGGCUUGCAUUGCUUGGAGCGGCCAAUAAAUAUGACAUCGGUGGUCUUAAGGAUACCUGUGAGGAAAGCUUAUUGGAAGAUCUUAACUCAGGAAAUGUCCUUGAGAGGCUACACGAGGCAUGGCUUUAUCAGCUGCACAAGUUGAAGAAAGGGUGCCUGACCUUCCUCUUUGAUUUCGGCAAGAUAUAUGACGUACGAGAAGAAAUUAAAAACUUCUUCAGGCAUGCAGAUAGGGAGUUGAUGAUUGAGAUGUUUCAGGAGGUGCUUACAAUUUGGAAACCAGUAUAGAACCUACAGGUUACCAAAAUAAUUGUGUAAUCUUCAUACAUACCUAUGUACAACUAUGUUGAGGAUCUAUCGAUCGCUGUAUUACACUAUAGAUAAUGCCCAACUCUCGCCUGAUUUACCAGUUCUUUGGAUGGCAAACGAAGUGCAUUGCAGAAGACUUGCUACAUGAUAAUGCGAGGGAACAGCCGGUAGCUUGCUAUACUAUUCUCUAAUUAUGAGGUUGAUUGUAAAUCUCGCUUGUCACUUUCAACACUUCCAACUGAAUCAAUUUAGGAGUGACAUGUUGAAUCGGCAA